GGACUCUUAAAACCCCUGCCCCCUCGACCGAAUCAGGAGAAACUAAAACCCUGCCGUACUCCCCUCCGGCCUCCAUUCUCCUCGCCGGGGCUUUCCACGCCGGCGCACCUUUUCCACCUUUCCGUCAGAGUGACAGUCCAGUUGAUGUGAUGGAGUUAUAUAGGAUAGGCAAGAAAAGAGACAAAUAGAAAUAGAGCAUUUACCGUAGAGGAUAAUCGUUAACACUCUUGUUUGGAUGGUUAUUACAGAGAAAUAGAGAGGGCAAUGAGCCUCAAGAUUAUACUUCUUUUUUGCUGACAAUUUGCUCUCAAAUCUUUUUGAACUGAUAUCAGUGAAUACUCUGCGAGGCUAUUUUACCACAAUAAGUAGUAAGGUUUGCCUAAUUUGUAUAAUGCCUCGAAAGCCGGCAAGACAUUGCAGACCAGCGCGAUGUCUACCUUUAAGUUUCUCUCCAUUUGCUCGUUCAAUGGCACGGAUUGCCUCAAAUAACAAGGUUGCACACAAGGUUCAAAAUCCCAGAUUACCAGGAAAUAAUCUACCUACCUCUUCAGGUAAAAGGAUUGAAAAUCACAAACUAAUAGACAAGAGUGAAGAUUCCGGUUCUUCAGAUGAUGAGGAGUUUGAUGGCACUGUUCAAGCAGAUUUUGAGUUCUUUGAUCCAAAACCAAGUGAUUUUCAUGGGGUGAAAAUCCUGCUGCAGACCUACCUUGAUGAUAAGCAAUGGGAUUUGAGUGGUUUUGUGGAUGUAAUACUGGGUCAACCCACAGUGGGAACUGUUAUUAAAAUAGAGAAUGAUGAAGAUGAUGGUAUUUACUCCAUUGUCACUGCUCUUAACUUGGGUAGAUAUAAGGAUCUAGAGUGCAUUGCGGACCUUAAAGAGUUCCUGCUUAAAGCAUGCUGCCAGAAGGAUGUGUUCUCUAAAUUGAGUUUAUUUCUCGGAGACCUAGCCAAGGAUGUUGGUCUCAUGGUCUCUCAACGUGUUCUGAAUCUUCCUCCCCAGCUUUUGCCACCCCUUUAUGAUGCACUUUUUGAUGAAGUCUCUUGGGCUACAGAAGAUGAGCCUACAGAGGAGCUCCGGAGUUCUUUCUGCUUCAAGUUUUACCUAGUAAUCAGUAAAAUCUACAAGCAUAAGAAUGCGGACAAGCAAAAUGGACCAAGUGGUGAUCAAUCUAUUGUAUACAUUAAAGCAGAAGACGAAAUCUUUCACGAGUUAAGCUCUUGGUCCUUCAGUUUUCCUUUGCAUACACAGCUGGUUAGGACUGACGAGCUCAAAGAUUAUCGGCUAACUGGCUUGGUAAUGGCAAUAGACGCAAGCAAAAUCCCUGUCUUUCGACAGAAAUUGCACUCUUUAAUAGACCAGUGAUGAUUUUACGCGCCAUUGGAAGUUAUACGGAUUACUACUCGAUGCCCUUGCUGGACAUGAAAGCAGUAAUCUGUUUUUUGACAGAUAGAUUAAAUGUAUUCAGCAAUGAUCUUACCUCAUGGAGUUUCUUGAAAUUAAGUUCUUUCACAUAUGUACAAAACUAAAUUUUCUUGUGUACAUUUUUCAGUCUCAAUCUUCACCAAAUUCAUUAUAACAAUUGUUAUAUACUCAUGGUAUAGUAGUAUUACUCAUGUAUCAAUUAUGAAUCCGUCCGGGGAGCUUAAUAAGCUCCCCGGACCGUAUCUAGAUCACCUGGGUUUUUUUUUUGGGUUU